AUGGGCGUCAACAUCAUCGACGUCGGCGUCAGCAGGAUAUCAGGUGCUCGCGAGUACCAGGAGGACCGCUAUGUGACUCUGCUCCCCGGCUCCCUCAAGUCGCGAAAGGAGCUUGCUAUCUUUGCUGUAUAUGACGGACAUGGAGGCGCCGACGUCGUGAACCAUGUUGCCCAGCAUCUCCAUACUCACUUGGAACAACACUUUACAAAUCCAAAGGCCGCUAAUGCUACCGAGUACAAGCACGCCAUCCAAUGCGCCCUGCGUGCCGUGGAUCGUGAACUUUCGCGCGCCGACCUGGACGGCGGCUCAACAGUGACCCUAGUCCUCGUCGAUACCAAGCAGAAUCUCCUCGUGCAGGCAAAUCUCGGCGACAGCCAUUGCUACUUUGCCGACCAUGAUGCUCAAUCUCCCCAGUCCUUGUCUCCUCACUCGCCUACACGGAAUAAUUCAACCACAAGCCAGGCCGGCUGGAACGUCGAGCCACUCAGCGUAGAACACACACCAGACAGCCCCUUGGAGAAGCGGAGGAUCGAAGAAUCCGGCGGUGAAAUCAACUACACAUCUGGCAUCGCCCUUGGAAGAGACACGCCCUCUGGAGCCCGUGUGGGUGCGCCCUCACCCCCAACCGCCAUGGAACUCUCCAUGCCUAUGCGAAACAAGUUCCGCGACCCGUGGGGUGGAAUAAAUGUCGCAACCGCUCUGCACUGCCUCAAACACUAG